AUGAACGCAAUGCUCUCCGGCAUUUCUGGCACGCCUGGGUACCUGGACGACAUCAUCAUCAUGGGUCCCUCCCCGGCUGAGCUCCAAGACCGAAAGUGCUUGAACAAGCAGUACCUGAACGCGUGCAGGAAUAUGGCUUCCGCUUGCGGGCCGACAAUUAUCAAUUGUUCCUUGCAUCCACCAGGUACCUUGGAUUCAUCUUUGACGCCAGUGGUCGCCAUCCAGAUCCCGAAAAUAUUCUUGCCAUCCAACGGAUGCCUGCAACCAAGGAUUUAUCACAACUUUGAUCGUUUCUUGGCCUGA